CCCCCAAAAAAAAGCGAAUACAGUACGUGAAUCCGCGCUUCUGUUGAGGUCCGCCUGUAUUUAAUGUUGGGUGAACCACUAGAUGGCGAUGUUUACCAGCCAUAAGUGCAAAUAAUGGAAGUUGGAACUUUUUGACUGUACGGUCCUCCCUCCUCCUCUCUCUUUCCACGUCCAGUAAUCUGACACCCUUCCAAAAAAAGGGGAAAAAAAGACUGAGAGCUGGCCUAGAAGAAGAAGGAUGGACUCCUGAAGCAGCCCGCAAAGAGCCGCGACAGGCGAGCCGAAUCGUGCACAGCGAAGGCAAGCCGAGCGAGGAGCCACCUCGAGCGGCCUGGAGCGCAGCAGAGGAGCCGGUGACGGUCGGGGGGAAUUUUUGUUCCCCCUCCUCCUCUCCUCCUUCAAAGUAGGACUUUCCGAUGGUUCUCCAAUGGGUGACUUUGCACGGCGCCUCGUGAGGAGCAGAUGAUGAAGAAUUACAGCGGCAGUCCGCCUCACAGCAACAGCCAGAGCCCCCAAUUCGCCCACUUCAGGGACCACCGCAACCACCACAAGUCUUCCUCGCUCGCCUCCAUUCCUUGGCGCCUGCCCCUCCGAGCGUAUGGAUUCUGCAUGGCGGCGCUCUUCGUCUUCUGCCUGUCGUCCCUCUUCUACCAGCUCAACGGAGGACCCCCCAGAGUACUGCUGGACAUUCGACAAUAUCUCGGGUCGUCGACAUACGAGGAUGACCACGGACCUCCUGUUGCAAGGGUGCUCCCGUUCCCAAGUCAGGUGGUGUACAACCGCGUGGGCAAAUGUGGCAGCCGCACAGUCGUCAUCCUUCUGCGCUUGCUGGCCGAGAAGCAUCGGUUCAACUUGAUCUCAUCGGACAUCCACAACAAAACGCGACUCACCAAACAUGAGCAGGUGGAUCUAAUGAAGAACAUCAGUAAUAUCCCUCAGCCGUUCCUCUACACGCGUCAUGUUCACUUCCUCAACUUUACCAGGUUUAAGAUCGAGGAGCCCGUCUACAUCAACAUCAUCCGCGACCCCAUCAACCGCUUCCUGUCCAACUACUUCUUCCGUCGCUUCGGCGACUGGAGGGGCGAGCAGAACCACCUCAUCCGCACCCCCCAGAUGACCGACGACGAGCGAUAUCUGGACAUAAACGUGUGCAUUCUGGAGAAUUACCCGGAGUGCUCCAACCCCCGAGUCUUCUACAUCAUCCCAUACUUUUGCGGGCAGCAUCCGAAAUGCAGAGAGCCGGGUCCGUGGGCUUUAGAGCGGGCCAAACAGAAUGUACUGGAGAACUACUUGUUGGUGGGCAUCUUGGAGGAGCUGGAAGAUGUGUUGCUCCUGUUGGAGAGGCUCCUCCCACACUACUUUACGGGAGUGAUCAACAUCUAUAAAAGCCCCGAUCACAGGAAGAUGGGCAACAUGACGGGCACGGUACGCAAACACACGCCCACUCUGGAGGCGCUGCAGGUGCUCUACCAUCGUAUGCGCUACGAAUACGAAUUCUACAACUUCAUCCGGGACCAGUUCCACCUGACCAAGAAGAAAAUCGGCCUCAAGUCGGAAUCCCAGCCGCCCGCCUACACGCCCGACUUCCUGCGGGAACUCGAGCUCCGGACCCCUGAGCCUCUGGAUGAGGAUGAAGAGCUGGACACUGAUCUGGAGGACGCAAACAACUGGCUCAUCCAUCAAUAAAAACUAUCCGUUGUAUUUUUUAUUUUUUUUUGAAGCAGUAUGACACUAGCUUCCUCCCUCCACGGCAAUGACGGCCUGAGGGUGAUGACAGUUGCCUCAUCGAGGAUGAGAUGCGUUUCGAUACAAGACUUGUGGACAGGACUCGGCACUGGCGACGAGUCGGACGGGAAAGGAUGAGAUUAUUUAAAAAUUGACUGAGGAUCAUGAGGAAUAAGGCUUAACUCCAUUCUACAUGAAGCGCAGCUUUCCUUUUUUUUGUUUUUUUUUUUGUGCUUGUCUUCACGGCUUGUUCUUCAACACAGAAGCGGUUCUUGCUGUAUUCUCCAGGCGAGAUGAAGCACCGGAAUGUGGACUGGGGCCUGGGAAGAUAGGAAGGUACGUUAUGCCAAGAGUUGACGUCUGUGUUUUCAUGAUACAUGGAAAAAAGAUAAGAAGCCAAACAUCAAUGAAUAUUCAGAACUUUUUAUCAGUAGUAUACAGUCUGUGUAUCAGUGCCAAACGUCGCCAAGACAGGACGCUGGUGAGAAGCGCGUUUUCCCUGAGGAGCAUUUGGUUCCGUUCAGUGUGGUACGAUUUUUCCCGCAGUGCGAUGCCUGAAGCUCAUUUGAACACAGAGGAGUAUGUCGAUUGUUUCGCCAAUCAAACCGCACAACACAAAAUAAUCGCUUGUUGACUUUGAAUUGAAGAGAAAGAAAAUGCUCAUGUUGAGCCUGAUCCUGUGAUCGUAAAUAUUGAACGGGUUUAACAUUUAACGAUUCUCAGCUUCGGCCAUUUUCAGAGUAUAUUGGGGUUGGAAAAAUCACAGGAUAGUCGCUAAAGAUAAUCUCACGUGGGGGCAUCCGACAAUCGAGCCAUUGCUGACUUUUAUCGCGAAAGAAGAAAAAUACGCGGCGGGUGCUAAUCAAGCUCUAUACCAGUCCAAACCUGAUCCAACCGAAACCGAACUGUACCACUUGUUGGAAACGUGGCUACGAGUGAUUUGUGCGUUUUUGUUCCAAGAUAUUAUUCUUGUUCCGAAAGGUAUAAAUGAGGGUUAAACCGUCUGCACUCCUUUAUGAAUUCAAAGAAUUCCAGCAAAGUGCGCAAGUAUGACUGAGUUUGACCUAAAUAGCUGAAAACAGAGAUUUAUAGUUUGCUUUGACUUUAUUGGGACUUGAAGUUGGCCAGAGUUAUUUGUUGCAAAUAAAAGAUUGUCUCAUUGAUACAAGUAAUUCCACUGCUAAAAGAAAUAAAAUUGGGAAAUAACGAUAGUGAUCCCUAUGAGAAAAAAGGUCCACACCCCGACACUUUCAACACAUUUAAACUUAAAAACACACUUCAACCGACAGUAUUAAAACACACUUUUCAAAAGUAUUUCUUCAGCGCCUCUCUUGCUUUCACUAAAUGGGAGACUAUUGUAGAACAUCACUUUGAAGAAACAAAAAGAAGACUUUGCUCGCAAUUCUCCACAUAAGAGGCAAAACACUUCAGACUGUUUUGCUUGUUGGUUUGUCACGGUCAGUUGAAGUGAACUGUAAAAAUAAUUUCGCCGAACACUUCCGUUAGCUCAAUGCUAACACAAUGCAAAAUGCUGUAGACGUCGACAUGAUAUCGGUAUUUUAAACAGUCAUACAAUUGUUACUUUAACACACACGUACAUGUGAUGAAUACAAUAAUAUUAACAGGUUUAUAAUCUCAGUUUACGACAUAAGCGGCUAUUAUUUGAUGAUAAUUGCGCUGUCUCUCUUCCGGUCGAAUUCAGUGUUGCCAGGCAGAUUGUAGCACACUACACUGAUGGCACCAGACUCUAAAUUUCGCCGCCAGAGAGUUUAUAAAAAGUCUAAACUAACAGAAUUAUUUGUAUAUCCGAAAUGUUUAUAAGUAAAGCAGUGCCUGUAUACUGUAAAAAAAAUACUUUGCUUUAAAACCAUCGGAAUAUAGCGACUUCCACCAGCAGCGAAAUGACGUAUUCCUUCUCGUAUACGAUAACCUUACUCGGUCCUCUCCCAAAGUUGUCCUGCUUUGUGUUCACCUUUCUUUUAAUUUAUUAUUCUUAUUUUUCCUCUUCAUUUCUAUGCACUCCGCAUCAGUUUCUCAGGAAGGAAAGACAAAACUGUUGUUUUAAUAAUUGUAUUGUUUUCAAAAAACGGCGGCUAUGGAAAAAAAAAUCCUGGCAUUCCAUGGGAAGCCUUUGGAUGAGUUGGUGUCAGAAAAAAAAUUACACUCUUCCAAAAUAAACUUCCUCAGAAUUAAA